GCUCCCUGGUGUAGUCUCGCCAACAACAUGUGGUAGUCACCCUGAAGAAAAUCGAAAGUUUGGACUGCUAUGGCCAGCGCAGAAGAAUUUCCUGCUCUAGCGCUUCGCUCCAGCGUGGGCGUCGAGCUGUGGAAGAAGGCCGGGACUGGAUUUCCGUACGUCCCUUACGAGAAAUUCACCCGCGAUGAGAGCAAGUACUGUCGCGUUCUGGAAUACAGUCCGGACGGUCGAUUUUUGGCCUGGGGCAACGGUGGGAAGGUGCAGCUGUGCCGCACGUCGGACUGGGAAGUGGUGGCGUCGUUGCCACGUCCCAAGGCGUUCUACCUGAAAUUCUCACCACGUGGCCGCUACCUUAUGACGUGGGAGAUCUUCUGCACCAACAAGGACAACCCCGAGGGCAGCCCGAAUCUCUAUGUGUACGCCACGGAGACGGGCGAAGAGGUGUACUCGGCGGUACAGAAGAAGCAGGUGGAGUGGGAGCCGGGCUGGUCUAGCGACGAGUCCAUUUUCGCCAUCAUGCUGGGCGGCGAAGUGUUCUUCUUCGAGGUCAAUGGCCCGGACGGCUUCAAGUCCAGCACACGGAAGCUGGGCGGUGGUCGGAACGGCUGCGUCUCGCUGGCGCCCAACAAUGGACAGCCGUACCUGGCCUUCUACGUGCCCGGCACGAAGGGAUCUCCGUCCAUGUGCAAGAUCUAUCAAUAUCCCACACUCAGUCCCACGCAGGCCAUCAGUUCUAAGAGCUUCUUCCAGGCCGACAAGGUGGAGAUGAUGUGGAACAAGCGCGGCACAGGACUUCUACUGCUCACCAGCACCGACGUGGACCAGUCCAAUGCGUCCUACUACGGCAAGCAGGCGCUCCACUUCAUGUCCACCAAGGGUGAUUCGUUCGCGGUGCAGCUCAGCAAGGAGGGGCCCAUCCACGCCGUCGCCUGGAGCCCCAAGUCCACGGAGUUCAUCGUGGUGUACGGCUUCAUGCCCAGCAAGGCCACUCUCUUCAAUCUCAAGUGCGACGCCGUGUUUGAGUUCGGCGAGAGUUCUCGCAAUUCCAUCUACUUCAACGACUUCGGCAAUCUGGUGCUGCUGGCGGGAUUCGGCAAUCUCCGGGGAAACGUGGAGUGUUGGCAGAUGGGAAAGGAGCGUAAAUGCAUCUCGUCGCUGCAAGCGCCCGACUCCACGCUGCUGGAGUGGAAUCCCAACGGUGAGAUCUUCAUGACGGCCACGACGGCGCCGCGACUGAGGCAAUCCAAUGGCUUCAAAGUGUGGCACUACUCGGGGGCGCUGCUGCACGAGACAAUGUGGCCGGCGGAGCAGGAAUUGCUGCAGGUGGCGUGGCAGAAAUUCCAGCCGGGCUUCUUCAAAGAGAAGUCCGUGAGCGCUGAGAAGGUCGUGGGCAUUCAGUCGGCUCAGCCCAAGGCCAGUACGCAAGUGUAUCGCCCGCCGGCCGCCCGUGGACUUCCAAUGAAGGUCUUUGAUCUCUACUCUGACAAUGUCCAGAAGAGCACAAUCCCAGGACUCCCGCCGGGCAUGAUGGCGAAGAAUGAGAAGAAGAAGAAGCAGCAGCAGCAGAAGCUACAGAAGCGCCCCGAACAGCAGAAAACGGAGGAGCGGAAGGAGCAGAGCAGCGACGGGACCGCCACUAACAAUUCCGACCAGGUGAUCCAGGACAAAGAUGUGGUGGACAAGAAGCGCCAAUACAGCAUGAGGAUCACCACGGGAGAUCCGCAGAAGGAUCGCAAGAUCAAGAACAUACAGAAGAAGCUGUACGAUAUCACGAAGCUGAAGGUGAAGAAGUUCAACGGGGAGCCACUGAAGGACACCCAAUUGGCCAAGAUUGACUCUGAGGCGAGUCUCAUUGAGGAGCUGCAGAAACUCACGGUGUCUUAAGGUGGUUCUCCAGCACCAAACAUCCCAAAAAUUGACUACUCUGGAGACUUUUCUACACUAUACAAAAAAAGGGAGCACGCACUCUUUGGGCAUCCAACGAGUCAAUGCAGUGUCCAGAAAGUGCGUGUGGAAUGAUUUGAAGAGCAAAAUCAUACAUUUUGAAAUUUGUUAACUGAUGAUGAGAGACCUGUUGAAAACUUUUGGUUGAGACAAAUGAAAUAAAAGAAACAUUUAUUAUUUUAA